AUGUUCUCUCAUCCCUCAACUCUCUCCUCUAUUUCUAAAGCCACGGAUAUGAUCAGAAUCUACGAAGAAGAACUCGAUGACGAAAUUGAUCUACUUGAGGAACAGCAGACUACAUCGAACGCUGACUGCAUGAAGCGGAUGGCGGCCUCACAGGCCGAGCUGUCAGAGCUCCUCAAGAAGAUCGAGGACGUUCGAGAGAGAGCCCUGCAGACGGAGAAGAAUAUCACAGACAUGACAGCAGAUAUCAAGCAGCUUGACAACACCAAGAAGAACUUGACCUUGUCCAUGACAGCUCUAAAAAGGCUGCAGAUGCUAACAACAGCCUACGAGCAAUUGGCUGUUCUGAGCAAGACAAGACAAUAUCGCGAGUGUGCGCAGCUUCUACAAGCAGUCAUCCAGCUCAUGGCUCAUUUUAAGUCAUAUCGUUCCGUUGAUCAGAUUGCUAGCCUUAGUCGUAACGUUGCUGAUCUCCAGAGAGAAUUACUGGAGCAGGUCUGUGAAGACUUCGAGCUAGCCUUUGCAAAGGGAGAGGUGGCCGAAAAGCGGAUUAUCUUAUCUGAAGGAUGUCUGGUAAUGGAUGCUCUAGGGGAGAAUGCAAAGUCACGUAUCAUCAUUUGGUACUGCAAUACGCAGCUAAGAGAAUACCGGUCAGUUUUUCGUGGCAGUGAGGAGGCAGGAUCUCUUGACAACAUUUCGAGGAGGUAUGCAUGGUUUCGCCGGAUGCUCAAGACUUAUGACGAUGAACAUGCUGCCAUAUUCCCUCCUCAGUGGAGAGUCAACGAGGUCAUCGCAAACGCGUAUUGUGAAGGUACAAGGGACGAUUAUAGGGGGAUUCUCUCGAGAACUACACGAAGUGGGCAGAGCUUGGAUGUCAAUCUACUCCUAUCUUGUCUUCAGGAGACCCUGGACUUCGAACACAGCUUAGAAAAGCGUUUCGCUAGUACUUCUCGAGCUUCAAUCGAUACAGUCACGUCAGCCAGUGAAUCUAUUGUUUUCAACCAGCCCAUAUCAAGCGCCUUCGAACCAUACCUUGGCGUCUGGGUUGAGUCCCAAAAUAAGCAGCUUCAGACAAUGAUUCAGAAGUACCGACAGCAGCCCUUGAGACAGCCAGAAGAAGAUUUCAGCUCUCAGCAAGUCAUCUCGUCGUCAACAGAGCUCUUCAAUUUCUACCGGCAUUCUCUUGCACAAUGUGCGAAGCUGUCUACUGGUCAACCGCUUCUAGAUCUAUCUAGAGUCUUUGCUAAGCAUCUCGAGCAAUAUUCCCAGCAAGUAUUACUAUACCACAUAUCGGAACGUCCUACUGGAGGAACACCUUCGCGCACACCCACAACGGAGGACCUGAUCCAUGUCCUCAACACAGCCGAUUACUGCUACAACACAUGCAGCGCUCUCGAAGAGAAGAUCAAAUCACGUAUUGGUGAACCGUUUCGAGCGACUGUUGAUCUGCAAAAUCAAGCCGAUGCUUUUAUGGGCAUCGCUAGCGCAUCGGUGCGUGGUCUUGUCCGUAGAGUCGAGGUGGAUUUGGAGCCAUCAUGGCGAGAGAUGAGAAAUAUCGCUUGGGGCAAGAUUGAGAGUGUAGAUGACCAAAGCUCGUACGUUGCAGGCUUGACAGGACGAAUCAAGGAUCGAUCUUCGGAAAUAGUAGGCAUGCUGCACAAGCCGCAAUAUGCAAGAGCAUUCGCAGACAAUCUCGUCGAGCUGCUUGCGAAUGCUUAUCUAGCAAACAUUGUGCAAUGCAAACCUAUAUCUGAAGGUGGAGCGGAGCAGAUGCUCCUCGACACGCAUGCAGUUCGCAGUACCUUGCUAGACAUUCUUCCUUCCCCGCCUGCCGCUUUCACCAAGCGUGUCCACACAUCCAUUUCGAAGGUCGAGCCGCUCUUGAAGACACUCCAAGUACAUCCGCUUCCGCCCGAAGCCUUAAUCCAAGCUUAUCUUGUCCACAUUGCUGAUCUUUCCGAUGCCAACUUCCGCAAAAUCCUUGACCUUAAAGGAAUAAAGAACAAGAACGAACAGAAUCAUCUCGUGGAGUUGUAUCAGAUGCAUAAGCUCAGCGAAAGAUACAAAGCAAGCGUUGUUGAGAAGUCUCCUCUGCUCACCCCAUUGACCAUUUCUGCUGCCGGUACAUCAGCUGGGCCCGGGGGAGCUGCUGCUGCUGUGCAGGGUCUUGGACAGCUCGGUGCAGGCGCAGCAGCCACUCUGAGUACAGCAAACUUGCCUGCCAACAUGAAGUUCGACCCCAGGGGCUUAGGUGAUGCCAUCAUGGAUCGCUUUGCUAGCCCUAGUCUUGGAGUUGGCACCCCUCGAGAUGGAGCACAGAGUCCGCCGAAUGCAGAUGGCCCGAUGAACAAUGCCACCGCCUCGUUGGCUGGCACUGGUGCUGAAGCAGGUGCUAAGCUCAACGAAAAUCUAAAGAACAUUGGCAAAUUCUUCAGGCGAGACCUUAGAGGGUUUGGUGGCAGAUUUGGUGGUAGCCGCAGUCCAGCACCCGAGGACCGCUCAUGA